AAGGAAAGACCGCCUGCAAUAAAGAUAUCCUUUUUGGCUAUCUCCCAACAACGGGAACGAACCGGAACAUCCACGACCGAGCAAUAUCUGGCUACCCCUUCUUUAAGUCGCUGACUCAUACGGUGGAUGUUCCGAUUUUUGAAAAAUUACCUCGUCUUCUCAACCAAAUUCCGGUGCUACAGCUCCUCGGUAGGUAGCGAAUGUGGCGAAAAGAUGAAGUACCUAAAUGUGGCCGAGAAAAACGAUGCCGCGAAAACCAUCUCCGGCUUGCUAUCCCGAGGAACGUCCAACAGGCGCGAAGGGUUUUCGCCGUACAACAAGAUCUACGAGUUUGACUACAACCUGCACGGACAAUCAAUCAAAAUGGUAAUGACGUCGGUAUCGGGACACCUGCUGAACCACGAAUUCCUGCCGAGCUUCCGCGGAUGGCAAAGCUGCAGUCCGGAGGAUUUGUUUGACGCACCCGUUCGCAAGAGCUGCCCGGAAUCGUACGACAAAAUCAAGAGAACACUCGAACGGGAAGUACGCGGCUGUGCGGCUCUCAUUAUCUGGACCGAUUGCGAUCGAGAGGGAGAAAACAUCGGAUUCGAAAUCAUCGAGGUGUGUAAAGCGAUCAAACCGCAGUUGAAAGUACUCCGCGCGAAGUUCUCCGAAAUCACGGGCCCCUCUAUUAAGCGGGCGAUCGAGAACCUGGUUCAACCGGACGCACGACAAAACGCUGCCGUGAACGUACGCAGCGAGCUCGAUCUUCGGAUCGGUGCCGCGUUCACACGCUACCAGACGCUCCGGUUGCAGAAAGUGUUCCCACAGGAUAUCUCGGACAAUCUCGUAUCGUACGGAAGUUGUCAGAUCCCGACGCUUGGUUUUGUGGCCCAGCGGUACAAGGAAAUCGAGAACUUUAUUCCACAAACCUUUUGGAAGAUCAAAUUAACGCACACAAUCGAUGACCUCACGGUGGAGUUCAACUGGGCACGGAAUCGUCUGUUCGAUAGACAGUGCUGCGAAGCAUACUUGAUGCUGUGCCAAUCGAACCCACUGGCAAAGGUGGUGAACGUGACGGAGAAACCGAAAAACAAGUGGCGCCCAACACCCAUGGAUACGGUCGAGCUGGAGAAGCUAGGAUCGCGGAAGCUGAAAAUGAAUGCCAAGCACGUAAUGACCAUUGCCGAGAAGCUGUACACACAGGGUAUCAUUAGCUAUCCGCGUACGGAAACGAACAUGUUUACCAGCGAUAUGAACCUGGUUCCGCUCGUGCAGGCACAAGUUGCCAAUCAACAGUGGGGUUCGUUCGCCGAGAAGGUUCUCGAGUGGGGCGUUAAUCCACGGAAUGGCAAAAAGUCCGAUCAAGCCCAUCCUCCAAUCCAUCCGACGAAGCUACCGACGAAUCUUUCCGGGGAUGAGUGGCGUGUGUACGAGCUGAUUGCACGCCAUUUCCUGGCAUGUGUUAGUCGCGACGCUACCGGAUCGGAAACGAUCGUGAACGUGGUCGUCGCUGACGAAGAAGAAUUUACUGCAUCCGGACUGUGCAUUUACGAGCGCAACUAUCUCGAGGUGUACCCGUACGAUCGAUGGAACGCGAAGGAAAUACAUGCGUACCGCGUCGGACACACCUUUGAACCGACCGAGCUCGGAUUGCAUGAGGGAUCAACGACGGCACCCAACAUGCUGACCGAAGCGGACUUGAUCGCGCUGAUGGAAAAGCACGGCAUUGGGACUGAUGCCACGCAUGCGGAACAUAUCAACACAAUCAAGGAACGUGGCUACAUCGGUGAGCGGGAUCGGGGCUUUCUCGUACCCGGCACGCUCGGUAUGGGACUGGUCGAGGGGUACGAGAUGAUGGAACUCCGGCUGGCUCAUCCCGAGCUGCGCGCAGGUCUCGAAGCUGAUCUGAAACUCAUCUGCGAGGGCCGUAAAGAUCCGGCAGCAGUACUGGCGGAACAGGUCAGCAAGUACAAGGAGGUGUAUCGGAUCAUGUCCCGGAAAGCGCAGGCCCUUGAUCGAGCGUUGGGGCAGCGCUUGAAUCAAACUCCUCGCGAUCCACCUCCAGAUGGUGGAGGUGGAGGAGGAGCGAUAGCGAUCGGUGGUGCGUCCCUAAAGGAAGUCUGCAAGUGUCCCAAGUGUGGCGAAAAGAUGUGCCUUCGACAAAAGCGGGAUGGCAACGGGUAUCACCUGGGAUGUGUUGCGUUUCCAAACUGCAAGAACAGCGUCUGGUUCGAUGAUUCAAUCCGUGAGGCAACCGUAACCGAUGACGCAUGCGCUCGGUGUGGUAGCAAGAAGAUAACGGUCAAGUUCCGGAACAUGCACUAUUACGGUUUGCUUCAGUCCACCAGCAUGACGGAGUACCGCACCUGUAUUGUGUGCGACAGUAAGUUCCGAGGAUUGCUUAACAUCAAUGAAGCGUCCGUACGACAGGUGGCACCACCCCGUGCGCCCAUAACGAAUGGUUGGGAAGCUGUUAAUCAAACAAAUCGUGUUCCUACACCCGCCAACAGUAGUGGUAGCACUAGUGGUGUUCGAAGUGCAUCCGGGAACACUAAUACCUGGGGCACCACAAGCAGUCAACCGACGAACCGAGGCCCGCCCUCCAACAACGGCAGUAGCAGUGGAUUCGGACGAUCCAACAGCACCACCGGUACGAGCACGUGGGGUCAACCGAGCACUACACAAUCAUCCUGGGGUAGCAGCCAACCUUCAUCGUCCACCUGGGGUACUGGACAGGGGGGAGGAGGAGGAGGAGGAAGCGGAGGAUCGUCAAGCUGGGGAAAACCUGCCGACAAUCGGACCAGCUCUUGGGGUAAACCAAAUGAUACGGCAAGAGGCAGUGCCGUAAACGAGGUGGACAUCCAAUGUCGUUGUGGUACGCCAGCCUCACGGUUUACGGUGAAAAAGGAUGGUCCCAACCAUGGGCGACCCUUCUAUACCUGCCCGAAUCAGGCAAACAGGUGUGGCUUUUUCAAGUGGGCCGAUGAGGAUGAGACUUCGGGGUCAUCAAAUGGCACUGCCCCAUCAGCACCGGGAGGAUAUGGAAGCUCAACGAAUCGAGGCAGUGCAACGAACCAGUCAAGUGGUAGAGAUUGGGGUCGAAACAGUAGCAGCAACCAGGGAGGGAGCUCUGGUAGCGAGCGGUCGGCAAGGACGACGCGUAAAUGCGGCAUCUGUCGUCAAGAGGGUCAUACGAAAAACAAAUGUCCUCAGCGACCUGAAGCUUCUGGUUGAGUUGUGAUGUGUUUUGUGUACAUUUCGCUGUAUAUAGAAUAUACUAAGGCUAAGACAUGUUUCCGGUAACUGGUCUUCUGUUUUUAAAUGUUAUACUGUAUGAGUCGAAAGAAACACGUUUGGUGUCC